AUGAACAAACCAAAUGCACGAGGUUCUGAUCGAGAAAAGUUAGCAAGUUCAAAAGGAAAAUUUGCUCAAUACCUUACCGGAAUCUUAGAGGUGUAUUUCUCUUACCAUUGUGACGCAUACAACACCAAUGGAGUUUACCUUCAUGACCCUACAGCGUUGCUUGCAGCCGUUGAUCCUUCACUCGUAGGAAGAGCAAUUUAUGUGAAGAUUUCCCAGGUAUGCCUAGAACAUUCUGUUUCAGAUAACUGUUACAUUCUCAAGGCGGACUAUAACCCGGAUCAGUAUUUGUGGGAAAAGGAAUUCUCCCUCGCUGGUAGGACGUACCAAAGGCAGGAUUUGGAGGGUUCAUGCGGCUCAUGUUGGGCGUUUAGCACAACCGGAGCUUUAGAAGGAGCACACUAUCUGGCUACUGGGAAACUAGUUAGCCUUAGCGAACAACAGCUUGUGGAUUGCGAUCACGUGUGUGAUCCAGAGCAAGCUGGAUCAUGUGACUCGGGCUGUAAUGGUGGAUUGAUGAACAAUGCAUUUGAAUAUUUACUCCAGUCUGGGGGAGUAGUGCAAGAAAAGGACUAUGCUUACACAGGAAGAGAUGGCUCCUGCAAAUUUGACAAAAGCAAAGUUGUUGCUUCCGUGUCUAAUUUCAGUGUGGUUUCCUUAGACGAAGAACAAAUUGCUGCAAAUCUAGUAAAGAAUGGCCCUCUUGCAGUUGGUAUUAAUGCAGCCUGGAUGCAGACAUACAUGAGUGGCGUUUCAUGCCCAUGCGUUUCAUCAAACAAUUCCUACUCUUGGUGA